UCCUGUAACCCGGAAGUUUUGAAUCCAGCAGGAGAGUUGCGGGAAUCCCGCGGAGCCUCUUGUUUUUGGUCUGUUGACUGGUUUUCGCCAUCAUUUAAAAGUUUUCAAAUAGUUUAUUCUCCGAACCUUUUGCUGCUCGUAUUUCCCCCAGAAUCAAACUUUUAAAUCUUAUCCCGUUUCUGUGCCGAAAAACAAGCAGGGUGUCUGGGAAGAGUCGCUCUCAGUCCCGCCCCAGAGCAAAGCCUCAUGUCCGGUUUCGGACUGGUUCGGGUGGACAGCGGUGAUGUAGUCCCGCUGCCGCCGGGUGAGACGGUGCUGGGUCGGGGUCCCUUGCUCGGGAUCAGUGACACCAGAGUUUCCAGACACCACGGGCUGCUGGAGAACCUGAACGGACAGCUGCGACUCAAACCGACCCACCUGAAUCCCUGCUUCAUCCUGUCCUCCCUGAACGAUGACCCCCGACCCCUGGAGAGAGGCUCCUGGCACCCGCUUCAACACGGAGACCUGUUCUCUCUUAUGCCGGGUCGCUUCAUCUACAGGGUGGAGGCCGUGGGCGGGGAGGAGAGCACACUCAGAAACAGUCAGAACUUAGAAGAAAAAGAAGAAGAAGAGCUUCCUGUUCCCACUGGAUCCAUUGUGGAGGCGUGUCCUGCGGUUGGGCCGCAGCAGGAACGGAUUUCAGAUCCGAAUGGAAUCCAACCAGGAACAGGUUUCAAAGAGGAUAAUUCUACUGGACGGCCACGGAACAAUAAAAGCGAGGAGUCUCCACCUGCUCCAAGGAGGAGAGUUUUACCUGCGUGGAUGAUGGCAGCUGCUGCUCCAAAAGUUCAGCCUGCUGUGAAGAAGCGUGAACAAACGUCUGCAUCCUCAGCCACACAGGCUCCGUCCACUAUAUCCUCCUUACCGACAAGAGUGGAGCUUCAUGAGGAGGAGGCAGAGGAGAGGCCACGGAAGAAGAGAAGGAAGAUGAGAGGAGAGGAAGAACAUUUACCAACAGAGACGGAGGUUCUUUCAGAGGAACCUGACUCCAGAAUCCAGACCAAACCCAGUGGACCAGGAGUCUGCUCUGAGGCUGACCAUCCAAGUAUGGAGCUGGACGAUGAAGGUCCAUCACAAACGUCUGAAAGGAUAUCCCAGAAAGAGGAGAAGCUCUCGGCCCGAGUCAGAACGGCUUGUCCAUAUGGGAAGGACUGCUACAGAAAGAACCCUCUUCAUUUCCAAGAGUGCAGUCACCCAGGAGACGACGACUAUGAGGAGGAGGAGGAAGAGGAGGAUGGGGAUCGACCAGAGUGUCCGUAUGGCACUGACUGUUACAGGAAGAAUCCCCUCCACAGGAAGGAGUUCAAACACACAAAGAAACCUGCUCGUUCGACUCGAAACAUGACGAAAAAUUCUCCAGACGAAGAUGUCUCUGAAGAUGACGGCAGCUUCAUCAACGACGACAGCGAUGACCUCGGCAACGACUCGGACUACGUGCCUCCUCGCUCGGAUGACAGCGAGCAGGAGGACGUCCAAAGACUGCAGAAGGAGGCCAAGGUCUUCCUGAAGAAAGGGGGGAGGUAGAGGGAGGAAGAACAGCUGGUGUUUCGGCCAGUUUAAAGGGACAGUAGGGGAAGACAAGUCCUCGAUUCACUGAAAAUAAAGACUGAGCUGCUUUCAGAAUCAAAGCAGGUCCCA